AAAAAUGGAUUACCCAAGACCUUGUGGAUGCAAAGGACGUAGAUCUUGUCUUCUGUGUGAGAAUGAAUACGGAAUAAAACAAGAAAACUUCCUGGCCAAAUAUCAGGAGCUCUCAUCUUAUGUUUUCUGCUACAAAUGCGAAAAACUCAUCCCCGGAUGGGAUGUUGAUAGAGUUCUGGAGGAACAUGAGAAUCACAGUGAAGGAAUUGAUUUUCCGGGAAUUCUCGUUCUUCCGGACUUUAUCACAGACUCGGAGGAGGAGGAGUUAAUGUGUGGUAUUGAUGGGAUGCCUUGGGAUACAUCCCAGAGUGGGAGGAGGAAGCAAAACUUUGGCCCAAAGACAAAUUUUAAGAAGAUGAAACUUCAGCCGGGGCAAUUUCGGGGAUUUCCUGGAUUUUCUCGCUUUGUCCAGGAAAAAUUCAACACAGUUUCACUCCUGAAGGAUUAUCAGACAAUAGAGCAGUGCUCAUUGGAGUAUGAUCCACUCAGGGGAGCCUCAAUUGAUCCACAUAUUGAUGAUUGUUGGAUUUGGGGCGAGAGGGUUGUUACUGUGAACUGCUUGACGGAUUCCGUACUCACCCUGGCACCCUAUCAUGGUGAUAAACAGAGGUACAAUCUCUGCCUUGUGGACUCCUACCGAGAGCAUCUUAUUGAACCCUUGGAGGAAGCUAAAAAGUGUCCGGAAGAGGAUAUUUUGGUGAGGAUUCCAAUGCCAAGGAGAUCCCUGAUUGUCUUGUACGGCCCUCCGCGGUACCAAUGGGAGCAUUCUGUUCUCCGGGAGGAUAUCAAGGAAAGAAGAGUUUGCAUUGCCUACAGAGAAUUCACCCCAAAAUACCUCAAUGGCUCCAAUGAAGCCGCCCAGGAAGUUCUACAACGCGCCAGGAAGUUUUUCUCGCAGCCGGAAGAAGAUUCCUGUUCAAGGUAAACAUAAAACUCCACGUAUUUUGUAAAUAAAAUGAAAUUUUACUGGA